GCUUCUUUCCAGAUGGUUUCUCCAGUGACUAAUUCAUAGUGGUAAAAGUCGGAAAAGUGUGCUUUAAAGCCGGUGCAUGUUCCUGAAAUGAAUUUUUAAACUUUGGUAAGGUCAUGAACGAAAACGGAAAAGAUUUUGUGCUUGGACAUCGUUUACUUUCAUGUCGAUAACGUUAAAUGGUCUGUUCGAUGUUUACUCGAGAACACACCUCCCGUUGAACUGUCGGUAAUUUGGACAAUUUCAAACGUUAAGUUUGUCUAAUGUUACUUUUUCUCGUCAAAUUGGGCCCCAAAAGAUGCACAUUGUAGGUUGUUUUACAAUUAUCCGUAAUCAUCAGUUACACCUACCCACAUGUUUCCACGGUAGUGUUACUGGGUGUGCUUGCUUACCACUAUCGUUCUGUUUUUAAGUUGUUAAGUCACCGUACAUUACGCCAAAACGUACGGCGUUCAUCGACGAAUUAAAAAUAUAAAUGACUUAAGGAUCGUUCGUGCUAAAAUUUGUACGAACUUGGCGAAAAUUGUUGCUAACAGAAUAAGAAGCAAUUGUGACUUUAAGUUAAAACUUUUAGUUUAAAUUGAAAUUCAAAUUACAUAAUGACAGAAUAUAAGCUUGUUGUUGUGGGAGCUGGAGGUGUUGGCAAGUCUGCACUGACGAUUCAAUUAAUACAAAACCAUUUUGUAGACGAAUAUGAUCCCACUAUCGAAGACUCUUAUAGAAAACAGGUAGUCAUAGAUGGGGAGACAUGUCUUUUAGAUAUAUUAGACACAGCUGGUCAAGAGGAAUAUAGUGCAAUGAGAGACCAGUACAUGAGAACAGGAGAAGGAUUUUUAUUAGUGUUUGCUGUAAAUUCGGCUAAAAGUUUUGAAGAUAUAGCAACAUAUAGGGAACAAAUAAAAAGAGUAAAAGACGCGGAAGAAUCCAUGGUGCCAAUGGUAUUGGUAGGAAAUAAAUGUGAUCUUCAGCAGUCUUGGGCAGUAAAUAUGACACAAGCAAGAGAAGUUGCUCGUCAGUAUGGUGUGCCUUUUGUUGAAACUUCUGCUAAGACGAGAAUGGGAGUAGAUGAUGCUUUUUAUACUUUGGUGAGAGAAAUUCGGAAAGACAAAGAACUUAGCGGUAAAGAGAAAAAGAGAGGUAAGAGGACAAGUAACUCCGGCCGUAGGAGACAUCGAUGCUGUUUAUUUUAAAUCGCUAAGAAACAUUACCUUUCUCAUUCGAUACAUUAAUGCAAAAAUAGAUUGUAAAAAUCAUUAGAUUAUGUUCACUUUACACACAUUUUUGCAGCUUCCUCUAUAGAAUAUUGUCAUAAUUUACAAGCACAAGUUUUUCUAUACAUUGGGAGGGAAAAAAAAUAUGUAAUAGCAUUGUAUAUUAUCGCGUACAUUUUUACUCUUGAAGUUAAAUUUCAUAAAAUUCAUUGUUCAACAAUCUGCCAUAUAACUCUUAAUAUUCCAUUAGCAAAAAAUUUUAACCCUUGAUUGCAUAAAAUGGUCGGUAUCGAAAUAUUUUCUAAACCAUCCGCUUACCUCACUAUUAUUGUAUGCAUGAAAAAGUAUUAUCCAAUGGAGGAAUUGCAUAGUUUUAGGUGUUGUGGAUGGAAAAUAUGAUACGUAACUCAUUAAAUGUAACGAUUUACAUCGUGCAUAUUUUUUACGUGCUUUAUUCAGUUAGUCUAAUAUAGUUUUAAACGUAUGUUUAAUUAAAUAUAUUUUCAAUCUUUACUUUCUAUACUCUACUACGCACAAUGAAAAAUUCCAUUUACCUAAUCCAGAGGAUAACAAGUCAUAGGACUCAAAGAAGUAAAAUGUGGAUAACUCAUUUUGUGCUGUGAUUAAAUAAUCUUAAGCAUGCCAUGCUAGUUAGGUAUUACUAUGAUUAAGUAUGCAAUUUUAACGUAAAUGCCUAUUUACAAGUCUUAGAAUACAUAGGUUCAAUCGCGUUUCCUUUUUUAGUGCAAUUACAAAAUGUAUACUCAAUACUCCUUUACAUGAGAAACGAAAUAAGCUUUUGCUUAUAUUGAAAAUAAGAUGUCGUUCAUUUCUUUGAGAAAGUUCGUAUACAAUUAUAUUAGGUAAAU